AUGAACGGUGUGGCAGUUAUGCCGCAGCAGCAGCAGCAGGGCAUGGCGCAGCAGGGCACGGCGCAGCAAGGCAUGGGGCAGCAAGGCAUGGCGCAGGCACAGGGCAUGGGUCAGGCACAGGGCAUGGGUCCGCCGCACAUGGUGGCUCAGCUGCAGGCUAUAGUGCAGGGACAAAGCACAGGGCAGCAAGGAAUGCCCCACCCUCAAAUGCAUCACGGAAUGAUGCAACAGGGUAUGGCGCAACAGGGGAUGGCGCAACAGGGGAUGGCGCAACAGGGGAUGGCGCAACAGGGGAUGGCGCAACAGGGGAUGGCGCAACAGGGGAUGGCGCAACAGGGGAUGGCGCAACAAGGCAUGGCGCAACAAGGCGUGGCGCAACAAGGCAUGGCGCAACAAGGCAUGGCGCAACAAGGCAUGGCGCAACAAGGCAUGGUGCAACAAGGCAUGCCGCAACAAGGCAUGGUGCAGCAAGGAAUGGCACAACAGGGGUUUGCGCAACAAGGCAUGGCGCAACAAGGGUUGACGCAGCAGGGGAUGGUGCAACAAGGGCUGGCGCAACAGGGUUUUGCACAACAAGGCAUGGCGCAACAGCAAGGCAUGGCACAACAGCAAGGCAUGGCACAACAGGGGAUGAUGCAGCAAGGCAUGGCACAACAGGGGAUGAUGCAGCAAGGCAUGGCGCAACAAGGGAUGGCGCAACAAGGGAUGGUGCAACAAGGCAUACCGCAACAAGGGAUGACGCAACAAGGCAUGCCGCAACAAGGCAUGGCGCAACAGCAAGGCUUAGCACAACAGGGGAUGAUGCAACAAGGCAUAGCGCAACAAGGGAUGGCGCAACAAGGGAUGGCGCAACAAGGCAUGCCCCAACAAGGGAUGACGCAACAAGGAAUGGCGCAGCAGCAAACUCCACAGCAGCCGAUGUUUGGCUUCCAAGGGGGCCCAUCCGCAUUCAUGCCACACAACGGACAAGCAUACCAGCAACAGAUGCAGCAGGUGCAGCCGAUGCAGCAGGUGCCCUCUUUCCAGCAAGGCCAUCAGAUGCAACAAGGCCCGGUACCGAUGCAACAAGGCCCGGUACCGAUGCAACAAGGCCCGGUACCGAUGCAGCAAGGCCCGGUGCCAAUGCAACAAGGCGCGGUGCCAAUGCAACAAGGCUCGGUACCCAUGCAAGGACAAGUACCGAUGCAGCAAGGCUCGGUACCGAUGCAACAAGGCCCGGUGCCCAUGCAGCCGUCACCUGGAGCGCCCAUGCAACCAGGCCUGCCAAUGCCCCCGCACCAGCCGUUUCCUGCCGCUCCCACCAUGCCUAUGACUGUGCAAGUGGUUUCAGCUUCCCUCCCUGCCCCCAUGCAGCAGCAACAGCAACAGCAACAGCAGCAGCAGUAG